UCACACACUCACACAAGCCAAGCACACCCCAAAGAGGCCAAAGACUCCCAGACCAGACCAGAACAGAGUGAGAAACCAAAGCGAAAGCGGAGAAGGAAGAAAGAGAUUGACGAGGACGCGCAGCGGCUGUAGCAGCAGCAGCCAAAUCCAAGACCGCAUUGCUCGCUCGCUCGCCCGCCGCCGUGCGGCUCCGACGCUCCUCCGGGGACCCCGCGCCAUUCUCCUGCCGGGCAUCUCUGCCUCUGGUGCUGCGCCGUGGUCCCGAGGUCCCCACCAACGCUGGGACCAGCGCCAGCGGCUGGUGGCGAGCCCCACUGAUGGCCGCUUGCCGCGCGCCGGCGGCCAACGGAGCAAGUGUUGGCGUUGCUGUUGCGGCGGAGCAGAGGGACGGCGGGGUCCGCGCGAGGCAGGCCGGGCGCGCCGGCUCUCGCUGCGCCUAGGGAGGCAGCGGCGUCCUUGCUCGUCUUUUCGUCGCCCUCUCCCCCCGUCGAAGAAGCUAGGGUUUGCUCGUUAGGGUUCCGUUGGGCUUUGGGGCUGCGGCGAUGGCGGUGGGGGAGGCGCUGCGGCGGCUCUGCGAGGAGGUCGGGUGGUCUUACGCCGUCUUCUGGAAGGCCAUCGGCGCUGCUGACCCCGUGCAUCUAGUGUGGGAGGAUGGCUACUGUGGCCACGCAUCUUGUCCAACUGGAUCUGAGGCUUCUGAGGUUGGCUGUGAAUCAGGUGGCACUGUGUGCACCCUAGUUAGGAAGGUUAUGGCAUCGCAGGUUCAUGUUGUUGGAGAAGGUACCAUCGGCCGUGCUGCUUUUACUGGUAGUCAUCAGUGGAUUAUCCAUGAUACUGCCAAUGAUCACAGGCUCAGAUCCGAGGUUGCUGCUGAGAUGAAUUAUCAGUUCAGAGCUGGCAUUCAGACUAUUGCAAUUAUUCCUGUGUUACCACGUGGUGUACUACAGCUAGGCUCUACUAGUGUGGUUAUGGAAAAUACAACUUAUGUGCUUCAGUAUAAGAAGCUGUGUUCUCAGUUAAACAAUCGAUCAAGUAUGGUUGCAUCUACUUCAGCUAAAAAUGAUUCUAGCCAGAAGGUCCAGUCACGCUCUUCACAUGGUCUUCUGAGUGUCUACCCUACAGAUGGUUGCUCAAAAGCCUUCAGUGGUUCUCCAGCGACUUAUGAACAGUGCUAUGUUCCUGAUGCGACGGCAAUGUCAAGUAGUGCAUCAGUAAACAUAGGAAGAAAAGCUUCCUUGCUUAAGGUGGCACAGAGAAAUGGUGAAGCUAUCAGAGACCACAGUUUAUAUGCUCCUGAUGUGAGGUUCAGACGACAAACUCCUUACUGUGACAGGAGAGUUGAAAGCACCACACAAAGCAGUGUGGUUAGCUCAGAUUUUCUCUCUUCUACCUCAACAUCAGCAGAAAAGCAUCCACUGUUGAUGAAUGAUGGACAAUUGGGAAUGGGAAACAUGGAAGAGGCGUCUGAUACCAGAAAUCUUCUGCUAAAAUCUCUUGCAUUCCGGAACCUGCCUCCAUCGCAUGGAGGGGGUGAGGUGUUAGAUUUUCUAAACAGUCAUGGAAACUUUGAUUUUCUUCCUGAAGGUAAUAGCAUAGUCAAGUCUAACUUGUAUGACUGCUCAGCAAGUCAACUAUUAGACCAAAGAUGUAACUCUACUUCUGGGAUGAUAGGGCACAAACCGGCUAUUUCAUUUAAAAACCCCCAAUCUGCUCAAUUCAUUAUGAAAAUGGGGAGUCCCAAAAGAGACUCAUGUCAUGCUGUUGCAGCUCCAUCCUCUGGCUCUGAAGUUCAAACUUCUAGUGAAUUUAAAACAGACUUUUCUCAAGAUAAUCAAGUGAAUAUUUCGGAUCGUGUUUACCAAAACAGAAAGGCUAAAGAAGUAAAUGACUCCAGUAUUGCUGUAAGAAUACAAGGUUUGAAGAAUAUGGAUCGGCAGAAGCUCCCAGACAUUUCAAGUGAGCGAUCUUCCUCACUUCUUGUGGAUCCAACUGCAGGAAAUGAUUUGUUUGAUAUAUUUGGUGCUGAAUUUCCUCAUCUGUGCCGCAAUGUGGAUGGCGAUUCGACCUGGAACACUGCAAAACCGGCUAGCUCAGGAAAAGAUGCACUUGAAUCCUCAGUUUAUCUUGAUACCUCUCCAGUAUUUGGUGCACUGGACGAUGAGUUCCCCUUUUCUGGAAUCUUCUCACUAACUGAUAGUGACCAAUUAUUGGACGCAGUUAUCUCCAGUGUCAAUCCUGGUGGCAAGCAGAUCUCCGGUGACAGUGCCUCUUGCAGGACUUCAUUGACAGACAUGCCUAGCAGCUCUUAUUGUGGUUCAAAAGUGAUGAAGCAACACGAAUCAUCUGGUGCUCCUCCUUUGCUAGUCAAGGAUGAGUUGGCUGUAUCAAAUUUGGUUAAACAACCAAGUUUCCUAGAGAAGACCGAGGAUGGUUGUCUUUCCCAAAACAAUGGAAUGCACAAAUCUCAGUUACGCCUUUGGAUCGAGAGCGGACAUAACAUGAAGUGUGAAAGCGUGUCAGCCUCAAACAGCAAAGGUCAUGAUACACCAAACAAGGCAAAUCGAAAGAGAUCUCGACCAGGAGAGAGUUCUAAGCCCCGGCCAAAAGACCGUCAGCUUAUUCAGGAUCGUAUAAAGGAGCUUCGGGAACUUGUACCUAAUGGUGCAAAGUGUAGCAUUGAUGCUUUACUGGAAAAGACCAUCAAGCACAUGGUUUUCUUGCAGAGUGUGACAAAGCAUGCUGACAAUCUCAAAGAUUGUAAUGAAUCUAAGAUACUUAGCGGUGACAAUGGUCCUCUUUGGAAAGACUACUUUGAGGGUGGUGCAACUUGGGCCUUCAACGUCGGCAGUCAAUCUAUGACAUGCCCAAUCAUAGUUGAGGAUCUCGACCGGCCUCGUCAGAUGCUUGUGGAGAUGAUUUGUGAUGACAGAGGAAUCUUCCUGGAAAUAGCCGACUUUAUCAAAGGUCUUGGACUAACCAUCUUGAGGGGUGUGAUGGAAGCACGCAAAAAUAAAAUCUGGGCACGAUUCACUGUUGAGGCCAACAGGGACGUGACUAGAAUGGAGAUUUUCCUCUCACUCGUGCGCUUGUUGGAACCCAGUUGUGAUGGCAGUGGAUCAGGAGAGAACCAAGAAAAUGGAAAAAUGCCUCUUGGGAUUGCGCAGCACCAGAUUAUCCCAGCGACAGGCCACCUUAGAUGAGUGAUCGAGCAUGGGCACCAUCAAGGCACCUUUCAAGAGCUAAGAGCAGGGGUUCAGCUCGCUUCUGCAAUGACUAGCGUUGUCAGCUCACGACUAGCUGGUUUCUUGUGACGUACCACGGAUCUUUCUCACAACCGGGCGUGCAGAAAUCCUAACACAGUAGAACCAUGAAGGCAUCGACAAUUGGUUUAACAAAAUGAUCACUAGGAAGUGUUUGGAUUGUAAAAUCUUUGUUCCUGUUUUGUUACUGAUGUUUCUUCUAUUAGCGAGUUUUGUUCUGUUGAUCUACUGAAUGACAAUUCUAGGUUGAUCUGUCUAGCAUGAGUUUUACUAUUGGCAAAUCACGAGGCUUUGUUUUCAAA